UCGCUCUGCUGGGCUGUCGCCGCCCUGGCGUCCCACCCAGACGUCCUCGCCCGCGUGCGCGCCGAGGUGUCCGCGGUCUGGUCGCCCGAGUCCGGGGAGCCCAUCACCGGCGAGAAGAUCCAGCAAAUGAAGUACACCCAUGCGGUCGCGCGCGAGGUGGUCCGCUACCGUCCUCCGGCGGCGCUGGUGCCGCACAUUGCCGCGGAGCCGUUCCAGCUGACGGAGUGGUACACGGUGCCGAAAGGCGCCAUCGUGUUCCCGUCGGUGUACGAGUCGUCGUUCCAGGGGUUCGCCGCGGCGGACGAGUUCGACCCGGAUCGCUUCUUCUCGGAGGAGCGCAGGGAGGACGCGGUGUGCAAGCGCAACUUCCUGGCCUUCGGCGCUGGCGCGCACCAGUGCAUGGGGCAGCGGUACGCCCUCAACCACCUCGCGCUUUUCAUGGCGCUCUUCGUGUCCGUCGUCGACUUCAAGCGGGACUGGACGGAGGGAUGCGACGAGCUGGUGUACGCGCCGGCCGUCAUGCCUAGGGAUGGCUGCGCCGUCUACCUCCAGCAGCGUUGCUCUUCGUUCUGAGCUGCUCCAGCUACUUCCCUUCCCUUCCCUUGUGCAUGCAAAUGCGCGGGCUAUGUAUCUACCAAAAAUGCUACACUUACGAAACCCAGCUACGUAAAGCUACGUUCUUUCCAUAACGCUAAACUAAUCGCCCUUCCUGAUUUUCAGGGGUGGGCCUGGGCCUAUUUCCUUUCCAACCAAAUCAGGCCAGGUCACCUUUUACGUAGGUUACG